AUGGCUACUGGUGGAUCAUCAUAUGGUGGAUAUGGCUAUAAGUUUGUUGAUGGUGAGCCUAGAGAUGAAUUAAAAUGCAGCAUUUGUACACUAGUAUUACGUGAUCCUCAUCAAGUUACCUGCUGCUCAAACAGGUUUUGCAAAAGCUGUCUAGACCAAAUAAAAGGUAAAAGGUGUCCUCUAUGUCGAAAACCAAUCAAAUGCUUCAGAGAUGGUGGCAUCAAUCGUGAGAUCAUAGCUCUUAAGAUUCACUGUACUAACAGUGAGAAGGGUUGUAAGUGGCAGGGAACUAUUAAUGAAACUGGUACAUCAAUUAAUACUCAUCUUAAUAGCUGCCCCUAUCAAUUGGUACCUUGCACUAAUGGAUGUGGAGAGAAGAUUAGGAGAAGUUCACUGAAGACACAUCUGACAGACAACUGUGCUAAACGACUAGCCCAGUGUAUGUUCUGUCUAAAAAAAGGGCCUCACCAACUGAUAACAAGCAGUAGUCAUCUUGAUGAGUGUCCUGACCUCCCAGUUUUAUGUGGCUGCAGUGAGAAGAUGCCACAACGUUUAGUAGCGUCACAUAAAAAGACCUGCCCUAAAGCUGUCAUACCAUGUGAAUACCGUACUGUUGGAUGUAAUAAGGUACUGAGGAGAGAAGAUCUUGAGAAGCACAAUGAAGAAUCAAUUAAAGAACAUCUAAAGGUAGCAGUUAAAAGAAUUAAUAAUCUACAACAGGAGAUUGAUACUUUGCAGUUACUACUUCCAACCAAUCAAGUCAUUAUGCUAAACAAAUAUACAAAGAAGAAAGAACGAGAUGACCAUUGGCACAGCCCAGGGUUUUACACAUCACAAGGAGGAUAUAAGAUGUCAUUAAGUGUCUAUCCUAAUGGUACUGGUACUGGUGAAGGUACACACGUCUCUUGCUUUAUAUAUCUCAUGGCAGGAGAAUAUGAUGAUACAUUGGAGUGGCCAUUUCAAGGAAGAGUCACUAUAGAACUACUGAAUCAACUUGAGGAUAAGAAUCAUAAGAAAUGUACUGCAUUGUUUGAAUCGACAACUAAAGGCAGUCAAAGGGUGAGGGAAGGUAGAAGCACAGGUGGUGGAUUGGGUCGCAUACAGUUCAUAUCACAAGAACAGUUAGAAUAUAAUCCAGCUACUAAUUGUCAGUAUCUUAAAGAUGAUAGUCUGUACUUCAGAGUCAGUGUAAAGGCUACAUCAAAGACAAAGCCAUGGCUAGUAGGAGCAUCUGGGAUUAUACAGUCAAAAUGUUUAAAAAAUGACAAUUUUUGAUAUUAC